GUGUAUAAUACAACAUUAGUAUGUUUUGGAGGCCGACUGUCUGACAAACAAUUCUCAACAAAUAUCACAUGUUAUGAAAUAAAUGAAUUGAAAUCAUCGGUUAGCAGUUUUUCUCUUGAUGAACCACAAAUUACUGACUGUGAAGACAUCUAUCCAGAUGAUAUAUCCAGACAAUCAUUUUCCUUCCCUUAUCUGAAACCAGUUGUCAUACCGAAUUUACAGCAAAUGCCUUCGAUAAGGAAAGGUUUUGGAGCUGUCAGUUUGGAGGAUAAAAUAUACCUUUUUGGUGGGAGACCAAAAUGUUCACUGCAAACAGGUGAAAUUUAUGACAUGUCGAAUGGUAUGUGGUUACCAGGACCAAAAUUAAAUACUGGACGAAGUUGGUAUGGUCUAGCUGAGCUUGAUGGAUUAAUAUACGCCGUUGGAGGUGUCGGAGAGGAAGGGAAGUGGACCGUCGGAAGAAAUGUCUUCAAUUAUGCAGAAGAGACUUCAGCAAAGAAGAGUUUCCUUUCUGUCAUAUCAUUCAUAGCUCUUCUAAACAGCUAAUAGUGUUUAUUGAAUACUGAGUUGAGGUUGUAUUAUUAACGUAGCACUUGAAAAAGAAACGAGGUUCUAGACGGAGAAAUAUCAAGUUAUAACAGAUGAGUUGGUAAAAAUUAAAUAAGGGGAAGAAAGGGUAUGACAAGACAGGAAUUAACUUUGAAGUUUUGUUAAAGGAAGGUUGAUUUCGAAGAAACUUUACUGAUAUAAGUCAACCAAAGAACUAUUGGCCUUUUCAUGUAAACUGAACAGCUGUUUCGUCCUAGUUUGUAUGUAAGUAUACACUGUUGAACAGUCCCUCAGUAAACUUUAACUACUUUAAAGUACUUCUUAGUUUGUUCUGAUGCCUACUUAUUUGAUCUAAAUUCUUGAUAAAAACUCUUUUGAAUCUAGGUGUCCCUUGUUUCCAGGCUUGAAGCAUACACAUACAUAUGCGAGUUUCAAGCCUGAAGUACCGAACUACCAAUGUCUGGGUUAUGCAUAAGUUAUGUAGCUGCAGUUCUUUGAAACCACUUGAGUUGACAUCGUAGGUUAUUUUCAGAAGUGACUGUGAAGGAGUUAGGUGGUCGGAUAUUAAUGGCAUAAUUGAUUUUACACUCUACCUUUGACGAACAAACGAGAUAGUGUUUUAUGAUGAGUUUGGAAUGUGUAGGUUUCGUCAAAUAUGCUGGACUGACCUGACAGUAGGAAGUACUUUUGUUGAUAUAUAUUGGAGUAAUUCAUAUCUCCAUAUUACUUUUGAUGUAUGCAUACCUGACUUUCUGACUAUCAAAGAAUAUCUAAAGUUCAGCAAAAACGUAUAGUAGAUAAAAGAGCGCGUUUGGAUUACGCAUCAUUUUAUCAGGGUUAAUAAAAGUCCACCUAGUAUGUUUCGCGAAACACUUUGACAAUCAAAAAUCAUAUUAUCCGAAAUAAAAUGAAGUACUUGGAGAUGAAUAAAAAUGAGAAAACUCUAGUUUAGUUACUAGCCAGCCAACGAGACCAGAUAAAGAAUGAAACUCAAUUACCACUUCAGUUAAUUUCCUGAUUCAUCAUCGCUGAAAUCACUGUGACGUGAGUGCGUCUGUCCCUCUGAUAUAGUCAUAUCAAAAUGGAAUAUCUUAAAGGUUAAUAAUUUCUAUUUAAAUAUAAUCCAUUUAAACGAUUAUUUUUAUACGCUGAAUACCUUUUCAACAGGAUCAGCAUUAUCGUCUGUAGAAAUGUUAGACCCACGAAUUGAGAAGUGGCAUCCAUUGUCACCAAUGUUAAGACCACGAUUUGGUUUCGGUAUCUGCUCUACAAAAGAAGGGAUAGCAGUUGUCGGUGGCGUCAAUGACCAAACUAUUGAACUGUAUGAUACUAGAUACGGGAUUUGGCAACCACUAGUGAAAAUGGAGGAAGUAAGAGAAGCUUCAAGUGUUUUUUGGUACAAUGACUGUAUUUACAUAUGUGGCGGAGCGAAUGGAGCGGGUUGUGUAAAUCGAAUGGAUAUUUUUUCCAUGAAAGCUGGAGAAUGGAACCAGGGAAAUCAAUGAUUUUACACCGUGCAUUUACAGCUACACGUAUGUGGAAUGAUUAUGUCUUUUUGAUCGGGGAAGAAAUAAUGCAGAGCCAUCAAAUUUGAUCCUAGCAUAUAACUUAAAAACAAAUGAAUGGGCUGUACUACCACAAACCUUACCGUAUUUCGCUUCAAGCUGUUGUGCAAUAACUACAAAUGUUCUGUAAAUGACAACUGUAUUUCUUCUAAAAGUUAACCUAUUAAUUGCAAUAAGUGUUUGUAAUUAUUUUCUAUCAAACUUUCUAGUUAUACUUACCUAGUUAGUGUAAUUUUGUAAAAAAGAGAUUAAACUCUAGCUAAUAGUUUUUGAUAUGCCAUAAAAUUAUUUGAUUCUUUC